CCUACACAGAUUGCAGUUGCACCAAGAAGGAAUCUCGCGGCUGCUGGUCCCAGAGCGGCAGAGGGCCUCGUCAGUGGCAGAGACGGUUGAAGCGGACGGCAGAGAUGGUUUGGUAGCGCUUCCGCCGUCCAAGGUCCUGCGGCGGGUGUUGCUGCGGGAGGCAUCGGUGGCGUGCGGCGUGCGGCGUGAGGCGUGCAGUUGGGGUCGCUCUCCGGCCUUCUGGCUCAGCCCUUCGUCGGUCAGGUGAGCGAUCGUCGCGCUAGCUCGCUCGGCCACCGCCGGCCCUUCGUCAUCGGCUGAUCCAUCUCCAUCGGUCUUUAUGUCAUCUUGAUCGGCUACUUCUACGACAUUGGCCGCAUUCUCUGCAACUCCUACGGUAGGGAGACACGGUACAGGGCGAUUGCGGUUUGCUUAGUAGGGUUCUGGCUGUUUGGUGCGGGGAACAACACCACACAUGGUCCGUGAAGAUCCCUUGCUGAUCUUACAGCCGAGUUAUAACUUCCACUGGAGAUUCACAAGUGUGACAGAUAAUUGACAUGAAGCUUUUUGUGGGGCUUAAUUGGUGCUUGUAGGAGAUCUACAACAGAGAUCCAAAUGAAAGGAAAAUAUCUCAAGCUGGAGUGAGAGUGGGACAACUGGUCUCAUGUUAAAUUCUAUUGUUCCUGGCUUUAUUUCAAUGGUUUUGGAAUUACUCUGUCGGAAGUUCUGUGAGGCUUGACUUGGGGAGUUGCCAACACCAUUAUGUUCUUUUGUUUUAUUGGAAUGUUCAUAUUAUCUUCUCUUGGGAAAAAUGUGGAUUACCCGCUAAAUGGACUUCCUCCAAAUCAGAGCACCUUUGGCAGUAAGACAAUUUUAUAAUUGUUCUUAUAGUUUGUUGGGACAUCUUGGUAACUUGCUUAGUUUAUACAGGUUAAGUACACUAUUUCUUGUGCAAUGAUUUCUGCACUCAUAGAGCCUUUAGGGCUUGGACUUGGUCAGGGUGGGAGGCUGAUCACUUCUGUUUGUGUUUUUUUGUUUUUUAUGUGAUUGUUGAAGUUUUAACAUCUCUCACAAUGGCAGGGGCAUUUUGAAUUUGGCAAUUGUGAUACUGCAGGUAGAUUUUUUUCUUUCAUUUUUUGUAUGUUCAUAUGAGUGAUUAACUUACGAUCAAUUUUGCAUAGGCUGAGACCAACUAGCAAAAGGUUGGCAUUGAGUGAACUUGAAGCAAUUUAUAGCGAGUUGAAUAUGCUCUCAUCCUUUUUUUGUUUUGAACUCUUGGGGAAAAAAGAUACAAUAGUCAUAUGACUAUGACAGGUGAAGGAAAUGAAUAGGAAAAUAGAAAAAUGAUAUGAUUACCCAAGUCUUAGUGUAUAUUAAUAUGGUAUGUGGUUCAUCAUGGUUGCCUUGCGGUUUAUGAGUAUGAUUGGAAGUGCUUUUACUGUCAUAUUGGAGUUGGUUACAGGGAACCAGUAGGAUGAAAUAGGCUCUGCUUCAUCAUGGGUUUCAAAAUUCUGUUGUGAAUUUUUGAUCUGACAUCACAGUUCUAAUAUUGGUAUUUGGUCAUGAACACUUGACCAAGAAAUAUUUAAUUACAAAGCUGCAUCUGCCUAAAACCUAAAGGGUGUUUAUAGCAAAGUAUUGAGAAUGGUAGAGUAAUAGCAGGUUUAUCUUUAGUGAGCAUUAAACAGGAAUAAACAAUAAUACCUCUUUUUUUUGGUUGAGUAUAGCACCUUGCUAGAACUAUUUGACAAGUGUUUGCUGGAAAUUGUUCGAUUAUCUGUUAGCCUUUUCAUUUUCAUCAUUUUUAACCUGCUAGUUAUGUGAAAGGUUGUGAUAAUGAUGGAUUAUAACGAGUACAAGAAUAUUAUAUCAGAAUUGCUCUUGUUCCAUCCUUUUCUUUUGAUUGUUUAUCUUUCUUGUCAAAAAAAUUCCAAUCUGGUGCCACAUGGUCUUUGUCAGAACCGGAAUAUAUUUGCAUUAGAGGCCUUUUAAUGCCAGCGCUUCAAACAUCUGCACUUGACUUUUUAUGAAGAACUAACUAUUAUUGAUUACAAGGAUUGGGUCGAUGAGACAUUCUAUGAGAUGGUGGAAAGAAAGUGCCUAUCAGACGCUUGUAUCUGUUGGAAGUGGGCCUUUGAAUCAGUUAUUUGGCUGUGGCAAUUCACUAGCCUUUGCUGUAGGAUCACUUGCAGCUUUUGUGAGUGAACUUGUGGCAAUUGUUGGCCUAGCUCCUCAAUUCAUUACUAACGGAUCUACCACUAUUCUACAAAGGGGUCAAAGAGGAUCAACACUAAAGUAUUGACCAGGUUCUCCACUGCAUAAGUCCUGCAAAAAUAUCUGCGACCUUUGCAUUUGAAAAGUCAAAUAGCCAUCACUGCUUUGUUGUAUGCUCCAUUGAGUAAAUGUUUUAUCAAGUAAAAUUCAACAUUUCAACACGUGAUUGGCGUUUCUAAGAUUUGUCGCUCUUGGUUUAAUCGUCUCAAUUACAUUGAGAUGGCAUGGAAUAAUUGGGGAUUCUGCUCUGGAAUUUAUUAUUUAUCAUCGCGCCUACAGAAGUUUUAUGGGUAAUGGGGCAAAUGCAACGACUCCAGCCCAGUCGUUGGUGACCACUAUUCCUUGCUACCAUUGAGCACUGUAGAGGAAGAGAAUUGUCAAAAUAAAGCCUCAUUACAUUCUUUAUGGUAUUGCCUACAUUAUUAAUGUGAUAAAGCCUCGAAAUAUACUUGUAAAUUUGUCUCAAAUUGCAUUCCUUGUAUAAAUUUCCACUAUAUUAAAUUCUGCUUCUCUUUGUCCUCAUCCUGCUUCUCAUUUAUAUGUUACUUGAAUAUUUUCUUUUUUGUGCAGCACAACAGUUUAAGUUUUGGCGAGUUGCUCAAGAAUUUGUAAUUCAUUAAAUAGCUAAAAUUUACUUGGUUUUACUUUGUGUCAUGUCUUUGUUGGAUUGGGACUGAUCUGUUUUCUCAUCUUUAUUGUCGAUGGAGUUGGAUGAGACAUGACGGCUAUUCUGUACUGAGCCAUAUUAGGUCAGUCCCACAUCUACCAUGAAGCCUGUACUGAUGACAUUUCCUGUUGACCUUUCCAUCCAGGUCUGUAGCCACAUCUAAUAAACGUGACAGCGAAGCCCAGCAGUGCCAACCUUAAGCUAUGGAAUUGGAAGAAGGAUGAAGACAAAGGCAGUCAAAUUUGCAUACCGUAAUCCACAUGUAGGGUGUGUUUUGUUCCUCCACAGGCCUGCAGACUGCAGUUGAGCAGUGGAUGGAGGAGGGGGAAUGAUGAGAUAAGAUAUGUCGUCUUGAAUUGGAUGGAUGGUGCACGCGGAAAAGUAAAACUUUCGAAGAGUUGGAAAGCAUCAGGUGCGCUGCUGGUUUCCAAACACAACUCGCAGUUGGAACUUGGAAUUGAUCGCCAGUACGACGACACGAUGGGAUUGAGCGUGUCAGGAGCCGUGAGUGUGGAAAAAGCAGCAGUCCGCGGAGAGGAGAAGCUUUGACCAGCUACCGUCGGCAUCCGUCGACAGGUUUUUGACAUAAGGGUUUAACCGGUUAAGCCGGUAUCGGGUCGACGUAGAGGGGAGUUCGUGGGCCAUAUCGGCGGUGAUGAUCGACCGACGCGUGUGCGUGGCUCUCAGAGCCUUCCUCCACUGCUCCUAUUUAAAAGCCCCCCUCGCUGCUGCUCCCUCCCUCCCUCCCUCCAUUGCCAUUUCGAAGAAGCAGCCAACGGCUAUUGCAUUCCUUUCUUCUCAGCCAUUACCGCCGCCGCCGCCGCCGCCGUCGACGACCUCCAUCGAGCUCUGAGAUGUGCAAUCUUACUUCUACUUCAUAUCCCAAGUCUAACCUUUUGGCAAGCCAUGACGAUCUUCACCGCCAUCCCACGCUCUCCGAGUUGGCGGAGGAGAUGCGGGCGAUCGGGAAGAUCUCGGUGCCGGCGGCGGUCACCGGCCUGAUGCUCUAUUCGCGCGCAAUGAUCUCGAUGCUUUUCCUUGGGUAUCUCGGCGAGCUGGAGCUCGCCGCCGGAUCGCUGGCGAUCGGGUUUGCUAAUAUCACUGGUUAUUCUGUGCUGUCGGGACUGGCGAUGGGGAUGGAGCCCAUCUGCGCUCAGGCCUUCGGCGCCGAUCGGCGGCGGCUCCUUGGUCUCACCCUCCAGCGCGCCACCCUGCUUCUCCUCUGUGCCUCCCUCCCCAUCGUCUUCCUCUGGCUCAACGCCCGCGCUAUCCUACUGCGGUGCGGGCAGGACGAGGAGAUCGCCACGGCGGCGCAGGUGUUCGUCGCCGCCGCCUCGCCGGAUCUCCUCUUCCUCUCAUUUCUCCACCCGCUCCGCGUCUUUCUCCGUGCGCAGAACAUCACCCUCCCGAUCACCUACUGCUCCUCCUUCUGCGUCGCGCUCCACUGCCCCCUGACGUACCUCCUAGCCGUCCGCCUCCGUCUCGGCAUCGCCGGAGUGGCGGCCGCCAUGGUGUUGACCAACCUCAACUUCCUUGUUUGCCUUCUCCUCUUCCUCCUCUAUUCAGGCGCCUGCCGCGACACGUGGCCCGGCAGCGGGAGCAUCCUCUCAGGCGAGUGCCUCCGCGGGUGGCCGGCUCUGCUCCGCCUGGCAGCACCGUCCUGCGUCUCUGUCUGCCUCGAGUGGUGGUGGUACGAGCUGAUGAUCCUCCUCAGCGGUCUGCUCGCGCAUCCUCGCGCCGCCGUCGCCUCCAUGGGCAUCCUCAUCCAGACCACCUCCCUCGUCUACGUCUUCCCCUCCGCGCUCAGCUUCGGCGUCUCCACCCGCGUCGGCAACGUCCUGGGCGCCAACCGCCCCACCAAGGCCCGCGCCGCCGCCGCCGCCGCCCUUGCUGCCGCCCUCGCCCUCGGCCUCGCCGCCACCGCCUUCACCGCCUCCAUGCGCCACCAGUGGGGCCGCCUCUUCACCCGUGACGCCGAAAUCCUCCACCUCACCUCCCUCGCGCUCCCCAUCGCCGGCCUCUGCGAGCUCGGCAACUGCCCGCAGACCGCCGGUUGCGGCGUCCUCCGCGGCAGCGCGCGGCCGGCCACCGGCGCCAACAUCAACCUCGGCUCCUUCUACUUCGUCGGUAUGCCCGUCGCCAUCCUCCUCAGCUUCGUCGGAAAGAUGGGCCUGCCGGGGCUGUGGCUGGGUCUCCUGGCGGCGCAGGCCGCGUGCGCCACCCUCAUGGCCUGCGCCGUCGCCAGAACAGAUUGGGCGGCGGAGGCAGAGCGCGCCAGAGAAUUAACCAACUCUUCUUCUUCUCCAACCCUUCCUAUUACUAAUUCCAAUGGCACAAUUCCAAUCACCACAAUAGCUACUGCUCUGUCUCCCAACCACAUGGAAGCCGAGAAGAAGAAAAAGACCACCACAACACUAGAAGACAUUCUAUCCAUCAUUAACGCUGAUGCUCCAGAAACAGCCCCCCUCAUUCUCCCUGUGGAUUAAAUUCUUCUCCAUUUUUUUUUUCGGGUUUUGUAAUCACGAUAUGUUUUGCUAUUGUAUCUAAUCUCUGCUAUUUUUUUUCUUGCCUUUCUUUUUUUAAUGGAUCGAGGAAAAUGUAAUUAGCGGUAAUGAAGUAACGGGGAAGAACAGAGACAGCUACUCCAUAAAAGCUACCACUUUAGAAGCUGUUCACUUAUUGGAAAGCAGAUGCAUCACUUCUAGCAUUCAUUGCCUUUGUACUUUGGUUUUUAAUAUUUCAUCCAAUUAACCAGUCCCCAGCACCUGUUUGUUUGUUUGUUUCCUUUGAGAAUUCUUGCUUAGGAACAAUCAAAGCUAAAGAUUUGCCUGAAAUCUAUAUAUAAUUCUGAUAAUUGUUGGUUGGGUUUUUGUGUUUGGCA